AUGCUUAGAGCCAUCCGAAACAGGAGCCCAAGUGAAGACAGCCAUACCGAAGUGGGGGACAGCAAGCAAUCAACAUGGCUCUCUCUUCCGCAAAAGACCCAACUUGGUCUUAUUUUUGCUGCCAGACUAUCUGACUUUAUCCAUCUUGCGGCUAUUCAAUCCUAUGUUUUGGACCAGCUGAAAUCAUUCGAUAAUUCCCUGUCUGAUUCUAAUGCUGCGAAACAAUUGGGAAUUCUCAAUGCCGGUUUUACAGCGUCGCAGGCCAUUACAAGUAUACUAUGGGGCAGGGUUUCGGAUGUGCCUUGGAUCGGGAGAAAGCCUGUUCUUAUGUCAGGAUUAUUGGGAACAGCAUUAUCAUGUGUGGGGCUUGCUUUCUCUCAAAGUUUCUCUCAAGCGCUUGCUUCUCGCAUCUUUGGAGGUGCUGUUAAUGCGAAUGUACUCGGCGCAUAUUUAUCCAACCCUGGAGCAGGCAAAUCCCAUCUUCCUAAGCUUGGUACAGCUAGUGGUGGGAGGUCAGGAGGCUCAUUAAUACAAAGUGUACCUUAUGCUCCUCCUGCUCUAAUCUGUGCUGGAUUGCUGCUCGGAUGCGCGAUUCUGGGGUUCCUGCUACUCGAAGAGACGGUUCCGGGGCACAAUUGGAACGUUAUGCGCAUGAAAAUAUCACGUAUUUUUAAUGGAAGUAACAAUGGCUCCCAAUCACCGCAAUAUUCGAAGAUUUCAUCUAUGGACGAAGACGAACUGCUGAAUAGCAGGUCAACGAUGUUCCAAGAUCAUUUUGCUACUGAGCCAGAAUGGACCCCUGAAAAGCUAAUCUCAGAUGGAAAGAGCCAUUGGAACCGUAGUAAUACCAGACGUGUCAUGUCUAGUCUACUCACACAAGCAAUAUUCGAUUUUCACAUGGGAGCAUUUGGCUGCGUAUGGAUAUUGUUCUUGUGUGCUCCUGAAGCGCUCUCACAAGGCAAUACCCCUCGAAGACUUCAAGGAGGCCUCCAGAUGUCAGCACGCCAGGCUGGCCUCGCGACUUCCAUCAUUGGUUUGGUUGGGGUCCCGUUGCAACUAUUGUUCUAUCCCCGGAUCCAGGAACGACUCGGAACCAUCAUGUCCUUCAAGAUCUAUAGCGGACUUUUCCCUAUUUCCUACGCUUUGAUACCCUUCAUCCCGUUCACUCAAUCAAGUUCCAAUGGCAACGGAAUGCUCACAUGGUUCUGUAUAACGUUUGUUCUCAUCAUCCACACGGCAGGUAGGGUCGUCGCGAUUCCCGCAACGAUCUCCCUCGUGAACGAUUCGUCUCCCCAUCCUUCAUUGAGGGGUGUUGUGAACGGUUUGGGCCAAAGUGUGACCGGAACCUUUAGGACGCUAGGCCCUAUCAUUGGAGCAUACGCUUUUGCAUACGGUCUGGAAAACCAGUUGGUCGGGAUACUAUGGUGGAGCUUAGCUGGGGUAGCGUUGGCUGGCACACUGCUGAUUUGA